AUCUAAAAACCCUAAUUUUUGUUUCCCUCUCUCUCCCUCCUUUCCUCCCUCCUCUGUCACCGAGCGCACUGUUCUUACUUCGAGGCACGGAUUCUGAAGUUACGGAGCCUUGAUUCUUCAAGUUUCGAGUUCAGGGAAUGACUAACUUAUAAAUUUUGUUGGAGCUCAAACAAUACAUUGUGGGAUCAGAUUUCUAUUACCCAAGGUAGCUAUGCAAACCAGGAAAAAGGUUGAUGGAAAAAAUGCUCGAGAGCUUGGGAGUCCAAGGAUUUCUAGACACCAGAAGAAAUUGUCUGAAAACAUCCAAAACCAGUCAAAAAGAGUUUCAGACCUAAUCACCUCUUCAGCAAGGAAGCAAAAAUCAGUGAUUGGAAACUUACAGUUGGGCCUACUCUUCUUCCUAUUGAUACUUUUAGGCAACACCUUUUCAAAGAAGGAUGAGAAAUCUGCUACUGGUACAGAAUUGGAUUCAAGAUUUAGAUUGGUGGAUAAUGAUGCUGCCAACAUUUGUUGGGGUCAGGAUGCUGGUUAUGAAACUAAUUAUACUUCUGUUGAAAACAAGGGAUAUGAAGAUGCAACUGCUAAUUGCCAAACUGAUGCUAUUUUUUCUCCUGCCUUUCGUACUACUAGGAGUAUUGCAGGAGAAAUUUCAACUAAUGUGGAGUUGAGUAAGCCCUUCCAACAUGGAGACCAGCCACUUGAUGACCGAGGCAAAGAGAACAUGGGGACUGAUAUUCUGAAUGGGCAUGUGCAAGAAAUUUCAUCAAAUUUAGGGAGUAAAAAUCCCACACCUGAAGUUUUGUCCAUGUAUCAUACUUUAAGAAAUUCAAGGUUGGAAUGUGUUGAUGAGUUUAAUCAAGACCAAGUGCAAACUGACAUUAGUAUGGAGGAAACUGAAAGUGAAGAGUUUGAUGACUUUGAUCCAUACUUCUUCAUCAAGAAUUUGCCAGAUCUGUCGGCAGUUGUUCCAACAUUCAGGCCUCUGCUCUUGCCUAAGCAGACACGGAGUUGCCCUUCGACCACUCUGGCAUUGGACUUGGAUGAGACCUUGGUGCACUCUACACUUGAACCUUGUGAUGAUGCUGAUUUCACAUUUUCAGUAAAUUUCAACUUGAAGGACCAUACAGUAUAUGUACGAUGCCGCCCGCAUCUCAAAUACUUUUUGGAGAGGGUAUCAAGCCUUUUUGAGAUAAUCAUAUUUACAGCCAGCCAAAGCAUUUAUGCUGAGCGGGUUUUGAAUGUACUAGAUCCAAAGAGAAAGUUGUUUCGCCAUCGUGUUUACCGUGACUCCUGUGUAUUUGUUGAUGGAAAUUACCUUAAAGACUUAUCAAUUCUUGGCCGUGAUUUAGCACAUGUCAUUAUUGUUGACAACUCUCCUCAGGCGUUUGGAUUCCAAGUGGACAACGGUAUACCGAUUGAGAGCUGGUUUGAUGAUCCUUGUGACCAAGAACUGCUUGUGUUGCUCCCGUUCUUGGAGAGUUUAGUUGGAGUUGAAGAUGUUAGACCAAUCAUAGCAAAUAAAUUCAAUCUGAAAGGGAGAAUCAAUGCAGCUAUUUGUCCUUACAGUUCUGUCAAUGGGAAUUCAUUUGAUAGGUAAACCUUGUUUUCUUAAUUUGCAUGUCUUUGUGUUGGUUCCAUGGUCUUUGACUGCUGGUAUGUUACAAAAACCUGUUAUUCCUUGUAAGACACCCCAUCUAUGCAGCAUCCUUGUAAUAAAUGGAUUUCUUAUUUAUUGAAAUUCAACAUUUACUCUUUGAAUUUCUA